ACCAUGUCGCCAUGGCACAGUUCUUGCUCGUGCUGCUGGCAAGAUCCACCGCCGAGCGCCCGGCAGAUCUGCUGCGGGCAGCGGUGGAUGAGGCUUCGCUGGAGGCUGCAGAGUUGGCCCCGGCUGCCUCGGAUGCCAGGCCCUCCCGGCCUUCCUUAACGCCGCUGCCGUUGCCCCCGAAUCGCUGGGAUCCCACGGCCGCGCGUGCCGCGAGCGCCGCGAGCGCCGCGGCGAAAGCCAUCGCCUCGGCGGCGAAAGACGCGGCGGAAGGGGCCAGCGCUGCAUUGAAGGACGUCGGCGUGGCCGGCGUGCCCGACGCCAUGCCGUCGGGCACGCCGAGUUUGGGGCUGUCGGAGGAGGUCGCCGCUUUCGUCAAAGCCGCCAGAGCCAAAGAAUGGCGACCGGACCCGAAGGCCGAAAUCUCAGCUGAACGAGGUGAUCAAAGCGCCGUCUUACGACGGGAAGCGCAUCGCAGAUGGCAAAACUAUUUCAAGAUGGCCGCCAAUCGACUGGAAGCCCCACGAACAGGAGAUGCUGUAGAGGAGUAUCAUUUGCUCUAUGAGGUCAUCAAUCAGAUCAUUGCUGGUUUGCAGUUGGCAGCUGAUGCGUCUCAAGGUCGAGGCUCAGAACUCAGCCGCGGCUUCGCGCACGUUUCGCAGCUGCUGCGCGUCUUAGAGCACCGUAGCCGCGGCACCGCCUUCGAAAACGAGGACUUCCUGCACCAAGCCUAUGCUACGGCCUCGUUGGGCUGCGGUAACCGACCCUUCGAGGAUCGCUUCUGCGACCGCGCGCAGCUCCAGCGGUGGUUACGGGCGAAUGACACGAGUCUCGACAGGUCGGAGGAGGUGGCAGAGUUUGAAGACAGCUGGCUGAAGUAUUUGGACCUGGGCUUUGCCAAGGGCCUUUGGCGAAAACUCUCGGAUCAAAGUCAGACCUUCAACCCAUCAGAGGAUGAGGAGAAGAGAAGCUUGUGGCAGCUCUUUCCAACCUAUAUCAUGGCUAAGGAUCUACGUCAGAUGUUUUCAUCAUCUGGACCUGUUUGCAGGGCCUGUCGUCAUUUGACCGCCGUGGUGCUGGAGAAAUAUCACCAGUUCCGCGCCGCCAAUUUUGCCGAUCCCAGCAAACCAGAUGAGGUGAACAACGCCUUCUUCACAUGGCAGUUGACGCACCAUGCGGAGCAGAGUGCGGAGAAGGGUCAGGCCUUCUGGCCAGAACUGUAUGGGGAUGCCACAUUCCGGCAGCUGAAAAGUUUGGUGAAGACAUCCUGUGUGGAAUACCUGCAAGAAAUCUACAGCUCAACAUUUUCCUCCUCAGACUUCGACAGCUUGGAACUCUCCAUUUGGGCUUCCGUGACAUCGCCUGCGGCGGAAUCGAU